UCGUAAUAAUACGACGCCCAAAAUCCACUGCAACACUCCUCUCUCUUUUCCUUUCUCUGUUGUUCGCUUUAUUUUGCUGCAGUUGAAUUUUUUUUUCCUUUUUCUUCUCCUUAUUUUUGGGUCUUGUUUUGGUUGGAUUUGAGGUCGUUUUUGUCUGAAUUUUGCGUUUCUGUCGGGAUUUUGGUCUGAAAUGGAGAGGGAUUUCUUGGGUUUGAGCUCGAAGGAGCCGUUGGCUAUGGUGGGUCCACAAAAGGGUCUGGUGUUCCAUGGUCCUCCAACAAGGCCUCUGCCCUGCCCCAUCUGAUGCCUUUCAAGAUUUCUUCAGAGGACAAGACUUCAAAGCUUGCUUCUGAUCCAAUUUUGCCUACUUCCGAUUCGUUUGAUCCAAAGCGAAGAGCAGCCGAAAUCCAGAAAACAUUCAAUCACGAUAGGCAAGGUGGCACUCAUUUUUCCCUGGCAGCUUACCCUAUGCAGCCCGAUUUGUAUUCCAUUCAUCGUCCUCAUGAGGCGAAACUAUUUUCAGUUCCAAAUCAAGGUAUACCUGUUUCAAUUGGCAAUGCAUCCUUGAAGAACCCUUUUGCUCUUCCUGGUCAGAUGGCUGGUUCUAUCCUCAAACAACCACUUGGGGGAGUUCCCGUUUCGAGUUCCCCUAAUUCGUUUUUCCCGCCGUUUGGUUCCAUUGUUGGGCUCACCGAACCAUGGAAUAGUUUGAAAGGUGGAUCUCCAGCUCAAUUGACCAUUUUUUACGGUGGUACCGUAAACGUCUACGAUGACAUUACCCCUGAAAAGGCCCAGGCCAUAAUGUUCUUGGCUGGAGCUGGGUCUGCCAUAUCCAACAUGGCACAUCCGAAAGGUCAAGCUCAUGGAAUGGGUGCAAAAAUGGCAGCAACUGAUGCUGCUCCUUUGAACCAACCCGGAAGCGCGUUACCUUGCCCUGCUCUCUCUAGCCCCUUGUCUGUUUCUUCUCACACGGGUGCCCAGUCCGGGAGUGGGUCGAGUUGCACUGACGAUUUGAGAGUAGCUAAACCCAAUGGAGUUCCCACCACUCCUAUGAGCAAAGCAGAGCCUCCAAGAAUAGUCAGUGCAGUCGAACCUGUAGCUGCUACUGCUAUGAUGCCUUCUGCAGUUCCACAGGCUCGCAAAGCAUCGUUAGCUCGGUUUUUAGAGAAGCGCAAGGAACGGGCUAUGAACUCUGCUCCAUACAAUCUUGCCAAGAAAUAUCCAGACUGUGCUGCGACCGAAUCAAACGGUGCAAAUUUCUCGAGCCCCGUCACCGGAAAUAGCGCAAAUGUGGCAAGCUAAAGAGCAGCAAUUCCAUGUAUGAUGCAAAACUUAGAGAAUGAUGAAGAUUUUAUAAUGAUUUAAGCUAAGCUACUGAUUCUUAUCUUAUGGUGUAUUAUUAUCAUCUGAAGAACAACUCUGCCCUGUAAGUGUUUUGACUGUUGAUGUUCAAAAAAAGGUUCCACGUCCUAAAUAAUAUUUCCUUAUACGUAGUUGUUCUAGAGCUGUCAAUUAAUAUGUUCAAACUUUGUUGGAUCAUUGCUUCCAACACUAUUAUGUAGUUCUUAAUGUAUAAUUUGUUACUUUUGUAACUAUUUCAUC